CCAGAAAGUAUAUCACACUCCAUUCCUGCAAUUUGCUAGGUCAUCAUUGUAAGUAGAGCAUAAGGAAUGCGCUGUAACGAAAAAAUUUCAAAGUUAUUGUGAGUUGCCAUUACCUAGUUAAAACAUCCCUUCCCCCGCAGGGACCUCAUGGGAGUUUCUCCUGACCUCUCGGAUGCAGCUCCCCAUGAACGAGCACAUGCAACAAAUGAGGGAUCCCCGUCUGCGAAAGCGACGGUCAAUGAUGUUGCGACUGGUGCGAUGAACGGUCAAGAUGAAUCUCAGGCCCGGAAAGGCACUAAUAAUGAUGUUCUCGAAAAUCUCAUGAAGACUCUCGACAUGGAAGCUGCUGAGGUUGUCACAACCAAAGAUGAUAUCUCAGAUGAUGAUACAGAAGAGCGAAGGCCGCCUUUACCACCUAGACCUUCAUUGUCCCAGGUUGCAGAACGUCCAAAACCCUCAGGAGGUCCAAUGCGACCGGCAUUGCAGUCUAAACCUACCACGGCAUUAUCGUCAGUCGAGAUACAGACGUUAUCAUUUCCCGAUGGCACCAGAGGUACUUUCUCUACGCCAGUUAGUCGAUCAGCAUCCGAAGCAAACCAAGGGCAUGGUACCACUUCGUCAAUUUCUUCAACAUGCAAGAAAAAAGGUCUGGAAGGAAGUGACAGCGAUGAUAAUGCCAGCCUUAUGAGUUGUGCGCCAACCUUGAAGGCAAAUGGAGACCUCGCAAGUCUACUUGACGAUGGACUUAAUGCGCAAAGCCCGGCAUGGAUAUUGUUAAAUUCACAAGCAGAUCAUGGGGAACCAAUUGAUGAGACAGUAGAAUUUGAGGAUACCUCUCUUACAAACUUCGAUCGUGAAUUUGAUGAAAUAGGGGAAGUUGAUAGCAAGGGUGGAAACGAAGAGGAACUACUCAUACAAUGGAAGUCAAAACUCAAGCAUUAUUUGAUUCUCUCUUCCGCUGGAAAACCUAUAUAUAGUCGGCACGGAGAUCAAAAUCUCAUCAAUGGCUAUAUUGGAAUCAUUCAAACGAUUAUAUCAUUCUUUGAGGGUUCAAAAGACCCCCUCACGGGAUUUACUGCAGGUCGUACAAGAUUUGUUAUCUCAACCGACGGACCUUUAUACUUUGUUGCUAUCAGCAAACUUGGUGAAAGCGAUGCUCAGUUGAAAGGCCAGCUUGAGGCUCUGUAUAUGCAAAUCCUUUCAACCUUGACUCUACCAACUCUCACACAUUUGUUUUCGAAUCGACCGAAUACAGAUCUCCGCAGACCUCUGGAGGGAACUGAAUCAUUACUAUCAUCACUUGCAGACACUUUUACUAAAGGCUCUCCCUCUGCUUUGUUAUCUGCAUUAGAAUGUUUGAAGUUGCGAAAAUCACAACGACAUGUUAUAAACAAUACACUUCUAAAAGCACGAACUGACAAGCUUCUUUACGGGUUGAUAGUGGCCGGUGGUAGGCUUGUGAGUGUUAUACGUCCUAAGCGGCACUCAUUACAUCCUAGUGACCUCCAACUCAUAUUCAAUAUGCUCUUCGAAGCUGGCGGGGUCCGAGCUGGAGGCGGUGAGAAUUGGAUUCCCCUAUGUCUCCCAGGAUUUAAUAAUAGAGGAUACCUCUAUAUGUACGUGAGCUUUUUGAGCGUGGAAAAAGGCGGACGUGUUAAAAAUGAUAACUCUGAGAACAAGAAAGGCAAAACGGAAGAUGAAGUUGCAGUGCUUCUCAUAAGCGCUGACAAGGAAAGCUUUUUUGAGCUUAAAGAAAUGCGUGAUGAUGUGGUUAAUCAGCUGGAAAAGAAUGGAAGUAUGAAUAUAAUCAAAGCUGCCGUUCGCCAAGGACGUCCGAAGACAACUGAUAUCGUUCCUGGAACACCGUUACGGCAUUUUCUAUACAAGUCACGAGCAAAUGUUCAGUUCACGAUGCCAUCAUUCGAUCCAUAUUACAACACUCUUGUCAAUCGUCGAAGGUAAGAUCAAAUAUUUUAUUUACUGCUAUUAAACGUUGAAGCGAUGGUCAUUUCCGAUACUGUAAAGUAUCUAUUAGGGGUAUAUCGUUAUCCCACAAAUUAUCAAGCCUCAUGAAAACCACAAAAAUCUAACACCAAUACCCAGGCUCAUGAACCGAUACCAAAACCUCCACUCCGCAACACACAAAAAGCAUUCCCACCUCAAAGUCCUCCACUGUGUCUCCCGGGACAGCAUCUCCCUCGCUUGGACAACACCCCAAUUUGAAUUCUAUUGCGUAGCAGGUCCUAAUGCUUCACGCGCGGGCCUGGCUCAAGGAGCCAAUAAAAUAAUUCAAUGGGUCAAGCGUGAAGAAGAACGUGUGUUUAUUGUUGGUGGCGCCGUCUUUUGAGUACCCAAUCGAGAUAUACGACUUAGUUCUCUAGCUUUGGCUUUGGCUUUUGCUUUGGCUUUUGCUUUUGCUUCGGCGUCGAGAUUCUUUCCAGCCUGCACAAACUCAUCUAACUGGGUUGAAGCAAUUUCUUUAUAAUCAUUGUAUUCGUCUUUAAUCUAAAAGAAGAAGCAAACGAAUUAGUCUCUUUUGCGCAAACCCUAAUGUACCUAGAUAGAACAU